UCAAUUUAAUUAUGUGUGUCAAUUAAUUGAAUUGAAAAAAAUACGAUCUAAAAGAUUCGAAAUCAGAAUUUGAUAAUUUUUCAUGGAAACACAUGUUAUUGCUAUAUAAUUAGUAGUCAAUGUUUAUAGAUGGCGGGAUAGGAAGAUGAGGAAAGUAAGGAAGGCUUAGCCGUGAGAUACGUGUUGAUGUUUACAAACUAAAAGUUUCAUGGAAUUGCAGUUCCAGUAUUGGUGGGUUUUAGAUUAUAAAUUUUGCGAUGGCUCAAGCUAAACAUAAUUUGCCAGAAACAUCUAAUGGUACCUUGAAGGAAAAAGAAAAAGACAAUAACGAAGAUAAAGAAGGUUCUGUUACGAUACCAGAAUGUGCAGUUUGUCUUCAACCUUGUAUACAUCCGGCUAGAUUACCUUGCAAUCAUAUAUACUGCUAUUUAUGUGUAAAGGGUGUUGCUAAUCAUAAUAAAAGGUGUCCUAUGUGUCGUCAAGAAAUGCCAUCUGAUUUUGUUGAAAGACCGCAAUUAGUAGAAAUUGAUGAAGUACAAAAAGAAUUAGAACGACCCGAGGAAGAAUAUCAAUGGUUUUAUGAAGGCAGAAAUGGUUGGUGGAAAUAUGAUUCAAGGAUCAACAAGGAUUUGGAGACAGUGUAUAAACUAGGAUGGUGGCAAUAUGAUCAACGUACAAGUCUUGAAUUAGAAACUGCUUACAAACAAGGAAAGAGGACUUGUGAAUUAUUAAUUGCAGGGUUUUUAUAUAUUGCGGAUUUUGGUUCUAUGCACCAAUUACGUAGGAAUGAUCCUUCUAGGAGAAGAAGAAUUAAACGGGAUUUGUAUAAUGUUCCAAAGAAAGGAGUUGCUGGUUUAAGACUGAAUGCUCAAGAAGAAGAAAUGAUUAGAGAAAUAAGAGGCGCAGAAAGGCCAGCAAGUCCUGAGAGUGAUACAAUAAGUGGAGAUGGUACUAGUACUCCUAUACCUCCAAGUAAUACGCCGCAAACACCGGCUGGUGGAACUGCAAGUGGAGAUGCUACACCAUUAAAUGAUAGAAUAGAUCAAAGAUCAGAUUCUUUACAUCAGGUUCUAGAACAAAUGCGUUCAUUAGUAUUAAGAGAACAUUUAUCAUUUAAUAGUAAUAAUGAUCUUGAAGAAACAGCAGAGGAUGAAUCAAUAUCUGAACAUUCUAUACUUUUUUGCUUACCAACAUCACAUGAAUCAGAUGAAGGUCAUUUGUAGAAAAUAGAGAUAUGAAUUUGACCCUCUUACUUAUUUAUAAUGUAUCAAAUUAUUGAGAAAUGCAACCAAAGAAACAUGUUAUGGUUGAAAAUCACAAAUAUAAUAUCAAGAAAUAAAUAUUAUUCUGUGAUAUGUUACAAUGUGCAGAGGGUCCUUUAAUAUCAGCUUGGGAUUGAUAAAAAAAAGUUCUUAAAAUUUAAUUCCAGAAAAUAUUCAAAUUAUUCAUUAUGUAUAAUAUCGAGACAUAGAUCAGCACUUGUAAAACAGUAUUGAUGAAAUCAACUAAUAUAAUAUGUAACUUAAGUGUUCCUAGUAUUCUUUUAAUUAGAUAUAAAUGAAAUAUAAAAAAUAAUUUUGGAUUAUAUAAUGAAAUAAAUUAGGUACUUAAAGUUUCUCUGGAAAUAAAACAUUUAUUAUAUUUAUUAUCGAAUAUGUCAUUCAUUCCAGGAGAAAUAUUCAAAUGUAAUGAACUACUUGAAAUACCAAGAUUACUUUCAAGUUUGAUAUAAUAUAUUCUAAAAUAAAGUGUUCAUCUGUGCAACGAAAAUUAUAGUAGUAUGAAUCUCACUUAUUUUUACAGAAAAUGUUAUUGUAUCUAAUUAUGUACAUAGAUUUAUUGUGAGAAAUACAUUAUGAUAUUUUGCAGAACA